CGUCAACCUUGCUAUUCGCUGCCUGUGCGCCAAGCCCACACGCUCUUUAGCAAGCAAUCGAAACUCGCCGUCACUUCGAGUCUUGCCACGACACCCCCACGACCACACACUCUUUUUUGACAACACUCCUUUGGGAAGCCUUAGGUUGGGACUACAUUCGAACGAAAACUAAACCUAGCGUACGAACGCAUCUGUUUUUCCAGUAAUCGCGACCAGCGCCUAUAUCAUUCUGCCAAAUUCGAGAUGCUGGACAUCAAAGCAGACAACACCUGCGUAAGACUUCCCCAUGCAAGACCUUGGCAGUCUUUGCACCUCCUACCCUUUUCAGCGAAGUAUACACGCGUUCAAUGCCAGGUAAGAAGAUUGCUGACGGUGCGGCAAAACAGCCGCUGCCGCAUCUCCCAGAUGAGAUCGUAGGCGAGAUUGGAGCCAAGAUCGUAGAUCCAAAGGACUUCUGCAACUUUCGUCGCGCCAACAAACGCUUUAGCGAAGCGACGAAGUAUGCACAGGGCAAGCGGAUCGCCAAUGUUACGGUAUACCCGAGGUUCGCCGGCAUGAAGGCUUUACUCGCAGCCGUUCAGGACGUCGGGGUCGCGAAGUACGUACGCAACAUCACCUUGCUGGCGGAGGGCUUGAAAGAACACGAGUUCGGCUACGUCUGGGCUUGGGAGGACCUGCAGAUCUGGGCCGACCUCCAGUACACCCAAAAGGACGUCAAGAUCAUCAACAAUAUCAAUGCUGCUCACGCUGACGAUGUUGUUGUGAACGGCGACUUCAUCAUCACGGGCCAGUAUCGUUUGAUGCUCACCACCCUUCUGGAACGCCUUCCGAAUCUCGCCACGAUCACUGUCCGCAAGCUUGCCCCUGGUGAGCAUAUUCCCGGCUGGUCCGGAGUAAAACUCUUUAAGGAGCUCUCCUUCUACCGCGAUGGACUCGACACGCGCCAGAUCUUCUAUGGUGACUGGCAGUAUGAUAUUUUGCACCGCCGCAUCACUCAUUACCGCGACGAAUACGGCGACCUCAUUUCUGAGCCUGACGCUGGUCCGCAGGCCUCCUUCGUCGAUGAUCUGAAGGCUGCUAUGAGCGCCAGUGGCACCGAGGCGAAAGUCGCUUUCCUUCCCGUCGCUAGAUACGAGAAUUGCUAGGACCCCAAACGUCCUACAACCUAAUACCAGAUCUUCCCACCCUAAAUUUCAAGACACCGGAUUUGGUUGGAAGGAGAUGACGAUUUGCGAGGCGUUCAAGGAGAUGUAUCAACUUGGGAAACCAGCCUCAUUCUUUCAUCAAAG